AUGGCUCUCUACCUGCCGGAUGCUCCCGCCGCUGCCCUCCAGGACUCCCGUGCGUUUUUUUUACCCGGCACGGCUGUCGGCAUGCUGCCCGAUGGGGUAGCAGGCCAAGACGACCAAGGACUUCAGAGCGACGGCUCCCCGGGCGCAAGCAUGCGGCCCCCGGGUACCAAGACGUGCACCAAGGACCAAGAAAUGUUGCGGAGCGCCCAUCCAGACAUGGGAGAGGCCCAAGAUACUGCGAUUGAUGACGAUGGGCCCGGCAGGGCGGCCAGCAUGCUGCCCGACCGGGUCCAGCAAUGA